AUGCGAUGCAUGCCGAGUGCAGGUGACGAGAAGCGGUGGUGUGGGUUAUCUGGGGUCGAGCCCGUCAUUGCGGUGGAGGUGGAAGUAAUUAGCGAGUUCCAAGGCACGGCCAUUGCCGAGGUGAACCGUCGUCGCGGUCUCAUUAACAGCAGCGAUGCCGAUGACAUCCACACUGUCAUUAAGUGCGACGUACCCCUGCAAAACAUGUUUGGUUUCUCGACGGAUUUGCGGUCAUCCACUCAGGGCAAGGGCGAGUGCACGAUGGAGUACAAGACACAUGGCAUUGUCAUGCGUGACAUGCAGGAGAAGCUGAUGAGCGAGCACGAAAAGGCGCAAGCGGCCAAGAACAAGCAGAUGUCCGGGUGCUUGGAUUUUGCUCGCUACGACAUGUGCAUGGACGAACUCUGCAACGGUUGGCGAUAG